AAAUACCUACCCACCUCCGCACUCACACCAACAACAGAGGACGAACGAUCAGAGGAAGAAGAAGAAUCAGAGCGCUCGCGCAUCCUUGAAUUCGCAUCCCCACGGUGGCGCUUCGUCGGAUCGGAUCGGAUUGGAUCCCCACAACGCGCUCUACUCUCUAACUGUCUAUAUCACAAGAGCAGAGUCUGCUGAACACGCCCAGGCAUUGCCCUACCAGUAUAUUGAAUCAUGUAUCCAACAAAUCACUACAUGGAUCCAUACUCCUCAUACUACAGGCACCACGCUCCCUAUCCAUAUUAUCCCCCUCCCGGCUGGGAAGUUCGACCCCAGAAAAUGCCUGAAGUAGACUCAUCUUGUCCGCCACCGUCCGGCACUUGGCCGUACAGUGGUGGCAUGAAUCACUCAGGCAUUCCAGAGUCACACAGCUGCUGCAGCCACACAUACCCUCAUGGCUACCACUACAGUUUCAGACCCCCAUUUUCCCAAGAGCUUCCACCACCACAUUAUCCAUAUUACUACCAUGUUCCGUUUCCGCCACAUCAUCCGAACCCCUACUCGUCGUCAUGCUUCGGCCCACUCCCACCUUACCCCGUUGAUCAAACACCGUAUAAUGCUUAUGAUGAAAAGUUCAAGAGCCAUUGCUGUGGGUGUCCGAACCAUGUUUGCCAUGGAGAUGGAGGGCAGAAGAGCAACGUGAAGAUCGAAGAACAUAUGCCUGAAGUGAAGCCUGAGGGUAACCAGAAGGGUGCAGACAAUAAUUCAAGCAUAAUUCGGAACCCAAACUACCAGUACCCGGUGAUGUGGCUACCGUCCGGUGACAUGAAAGACAAGGGCAAUGGCAGAAGCGUUGAAUUUCCUCCCCAGCUCUUCAGCAAGUGGUUUCCUCGGAGUGGAGAGAGGACAGAGGAUGUGAAGCCAUCCAACGAUAAUCAGAAGGCGGCGAAGCAACUUCAGUGGCCGAUGGUUUGGAUGCCACCGGGAUAUGAUGAGACCAAACAACAAGCUAAAAAAGAACUGAAGGAGAUCGAGCAGAGUCCAAAGAACACGCAAGAAGAUCCGCCUUCGCCGAAGAUCAAGAUUAUUCCCUUGUCAUGGUUUGGAAAUGAUAGUCAUGAUCAAAAGCCUGCUGCUAAUGAUGGCUCUGGAGAACAAAAUGGAAGAUCAUCAGUGGCGAACCCAGCUGCAGGCACUGAGCAUCGGCAUGACACGACAGGGGAUGCAAAUUGUAAGACCAUCCCAGUCGUGGCGGAGAAACCAACCAAUGGGAAUGCACAUGCUAUUUCAGUUCUGCCGGAGAAACCAAAAAGUGGGAAUGAACCUGCCAUUUCAGUUGUGCCGGAGAAACAUGAUCUUGAGAAGAAGGUUCGUACCUGCAGGACCAUCCCGGUUAUGCCUCAGAAAGAUAGUGGUGAGAAGAAAUCCUACAAGGAUGUAAACAAAGAGGAAAAGAAGGCCAGCAUGGUUCAGAAGGAGGGAGAAAAUAAGAAAAGCAACAAUGUUGAAUCAUCAAAGGCCAAGCCUUCAAAACUACCCCCCGUAUGCUUGCGAGUGGAUCCUUUGCCAAAGAAGAAAUCAGGAAACACAUCUUCAAGGUCAUCCAGCCCAGCAACGAAGAAUGUUUGUGAAAAAGGAAAGGAUGUGAAAGAGGCCCAAGGCAAGAACCAGGAGACAAAGCUAUCAGAACAUCAGAAAGAGGGUAAUGUGCCGGUUAAAGAGAAAUCAUCUGAUGAAAUUCCCAAAAAUGCAGGGCCUAGGAAUGUGACAGUGCUAGAUGCUUCUGUGAAGCAUGCACAAGAGGAACAAGUUUCCACAAGUGUGACUGAUCAGAAGGUGCAGCCUACCGUCAGUGCUGAAGCGCAAGAAAAUGUCAGUGCAAGGAGCUUGCACGAGUGUGACAAAAACAGAAAGGAGGAUGAGUUGAAGAUCCAAGGUGAAGCUCCAAAUUUAACCUGUGAAAUCAAGUUAUCAGAGCCAGAUGCCGCUGUUUGUAUUCAGUCUGCAUACAGAGGGUACCAUGUGCGAAGAUGGCAACCUUUGGAGAAACUACGGAAGAUCAAGAAAGUACAUAAGCAGAUGCAAGAGGUGGAGAAGCAGAUCCAAGCCCUUGAAGCUUCUUCAGACCAGCCGACAGAGAAAGAGCACGUCGCUAUUAAUGAGACCAUCAUGAAUUUACUUCUGAACCUUGACACCAUUCAGAACUUGCAUCCAGUUGUGAGGGAGGCUAGGAAGUCUGUUGCUCGACAGCUAGUUUGUUUGCAGGAGAAGCUCGAUGCUUUGUGCAAGAAACUGCCUGCUGAACCUACUAAUCACCGUAAGAGUGGUGAAGAACAAUUGCCUUCCUCAGUUAACUCAAAGGAGCCUAUGCGCGAUGACGUCUCAUCUGAAGUUUCGUUGAAGUUGGGUCAAGAUGGAGAUUCUAAUGAACAGAAACAUCAAAUGGAAGAAUCAAGAAGUACAAAAGAAGCAGCAUCGACGGAUUCUAAUGAACAGAAACAUCAAAUGGAAGAAUCAAGAAGUACAAAAGAAGCAGCAUCGAUGGAUGUGAUGCGCGAUGCAGCUUUAUCAGGACUUAUCACUGAGAAGAAGCACCAAAUGGAAGAGCCGGACAUUUUGAGGGAAGAAUGUACUGAGCAACAGGAAAAAGCUCCAGCGAUGGGAGAAUUAUCAUCCACGGACUACACGGAGCCACUGCAAUAUAGUACACCUGUAUCAGAUGGCUCGGCGCUGAAACAAUGCACGCCUUCUGCUGAGCAAAACUGCCACACUGAAGAAUCAGAUCACGGGGUUUCUCCUGCUACAACAGAGGAUGAUGCAGCUGCGAUGGCUACAGCGUGUACCGAAAGUGAAGUGGGCGUCUGCAAGCAGGAUGGUUCGGUUCAAGGAGGAGAUCAGGUGCAGGAAGAAUCUGCAACCGUCGAUAGCUCGUGGCCCAAACAUGAUGCUGCUCCUGCUGAAGAUCAGUGCAAAGAAGCAAGUGCUAAAUUUCUUCACAUGGAGGAUUCAGCUGUGUCUUCAGAAGGUGCAGAUGCACACGGAAACGAUCCAGCUCUUGCAGAUGACUCUGUUGGAGCCAAUCCAGGAGCUCAGCAAGAAGAGUCGGUCAAUGCCGAUAUGCAGAAAGAAGAAGCAGUGACCACACUUGUUGCAGGCAAAGAACCAGAUGGAACGCCGACGCCUCGUGUUGGUGAUACCGGUACUAUGGAUGACUGUACCGACGCAAAUUCAGUGACCGUAGAGCAAGAAAAUUUUGUUUUGGUAGAAUCAGAAGCAAGAAAACAGUGUGAGGUUUCUGGCAAGGAUGAUUCAACUCUUGUGGAUCAGCAAAGUGAACUUCAGGCAGAGGACCCAGUAGGUGGCUCUGCCAUUGGAGAGGAGCCUGAAGCUGCUGUAUCAUUGGACGUCGACGACAAGACCAUGAUAAAUACUAGUCUGAACGAUGCAACUGGGGAGGAGCCUGAAGCUGCUGUACCAUUGAAAACUGAAGGCAAGACCAUGGAAAUUACUAGUCUGAAUGAUGCAGCUGGGGAGGAGCCUGAAGCUGCUGUACCAUUGGAAACUGAAGGCAAGACCAUGGAAAAUACUAGUCUGAAUGAUGCAAUUGGAGAGGAGACUGCAGCAGCGGAAAGCAGAGUCGAGACCAUUGAAGAUACUGUGAUGAAUGAUGCAGUUGGGGAGGAGCCUGAAGCUGUACCAGUGAAAAGCAGAGUUGAGACCAUGGAGACCACUCUGACUGACCAUUCCACCAUGCCGGUGGAGACCACUCUGACUGACCAUGCCACCAUGCCGGUGGAGACCACUCUGACUGACCAUGCCACCAUGCCGGCAGGGAUUGUAGCAUGUGCAACAGCAGCAAAUUCUGCUGCACCUGUACCAGAAGCAGGCAAGCCGGAAGAAGGCUCUGAAGGAGCACCUCCAGAAGAAGAAGAAAAAGAAGAAGCAACGGCUACAGCCUCUGCGAGGCAUGAUAACGGCGGCGACGACGACAGGAACACGGGAGUGACCGACGAGAAGGAGCAGCUGAAGGAGAUGGUGCAGAAGCUCCUGGCGUCCGGCAACGAGCAGAUGGGGGUCAUCGCAGAGCUGGGCGACAAGGUGAAGUCGCUGGAGAGGAAGCUCGCUGUGCACAAGAGGAGGAGGCCCAAAGUGAGGGUGCAGCACAGGCCAGCCAGGGCCAACGACGUGCACUGAAGAACGGCCAUGAUUGAUCUGUUCUCUCAAGCUUCAGGCUGUGUCUAUGUAAUGCUUCCAUUACUACUGUCUGCACUUGGUGUAUAUACCAAUGUUGCACUAUGUAUGUAUGUAUGUCGAGCGGAGGAACACUUAGACGACUAUGCUUGAUAGCAUCUGUGUGCAGAGAAACUCUUGGGGUCUUCACCGUCUUGGAUUGCUGCUGUAUUUCUUUCCUCCUCUGUUUUCAUGGUGGGUCUUUCCUCCUCUGUUAUGGAAGGUUUUCAGUUUGCCUACUGCAGACAAGUAAA